UCUUGCACCCGCUUACACCCUUAUUUUUCGCAAAAUUAAUUCGCCUAUCUGACAUUGAAUUUGACAUUUGUAGUGAAGUGACACAUAACAAUAAUGAGUAUAAUUAAAUAAAUAUUCGUUACAAAAAUAACGUUAUGUACCCUACCGAUUUAAAAAAUGGAACGAUAAAACUGAAUCCAUUCACAGCCAACCACAACAUUAUGUUGAAAACUAUUCAAAACCUGUGCUAUAAUAAAAAUAACAGCGGUUUUAAUAUGACGUCACCUUUUCUGGUAGAUAAUAUACUGCAUCAACAGAAAACGGUGAAUUUUCACAAUCAAUUUUUGAAUCAACAAUUAGAAAGCUACAUGCAAAGCCAAAGUUAUUCGCGAGAAAACUCCCCAGAUGUUGAUGACACAAAAAUAGGUGAAAAUGACGAGGAAAAUAGGACAGAUGAAAUCGAAAAAGGUGAUGACGAUGAUUCAAAGAGUCGAGACGAAGAGUUUAAUAUGAAAAACGAAACGGGGUACUACAACCACGACUUUUAUAACAGAAAUGAAGAGAGGAAUGAGAAAGAGGUAUUAAAUAUACCGAAUCUUACUCGGAGAUGUCACUGUGGUUCUUUUGAAUGCCCUCCUUUUGCUUGUAAGAAAUCAGGGAUCCGUCGAUUGGAGGAGUUAGAGAAACGGUUCAACUUGCAUAGUUACCAGGAGAACUCUGGCGAUGAAGAUGGGAAGGAGAGGUUUAACACUGAGGACAUGGUUAGGAGUUGUGAGGACUAUACGGUUGAACAGAAAAAGCCGUUGCUUAAAUUUAGUGUUAGUGCGAUACUUGGGGACCAAUACCGGGACACUGCUAAGAGUAACGUUAACGAAUACCGGCAACCAGUGCUCGGCAACCCGUGGCCGAUCGCGAAGCCGAUCGCCAGCAGACCGAUCCCAGUACAACAUCAGCACUUGCAGCAUUUACUGGCGCACUGUCACCAUCCGUAUUUAGCCGUAAGGCCGGCGCAGGCGCAUACCCAAGUGUUUCCACUUCCCGGGGGUUUUCCAUGGGCACACAGUUCGAGAGGGAAACCCCGUCGCGGCAUGAUGCGGAGGGCUGUAUUCUCGGACCUGCAGCGAAAAGGGCUGGAAAAGAGGUUCCAGGUGCAGAAGUACAUCUCCAAACCUGACAGGAAGAAACUGGCUGAGAAGCUGGGCUUGAAAGACAGCCAGGUAAAAAUCUGGUUCCAGAACCGUCGCAUGAAAUGGCGGAACUCCAAAGAACGGGAACUCCUAGCGUCCGGUGGUUCGAGGGAGCAAACUCUACCCAACAAGAACAACCCCCAUCCUGACCUAUCAGAUGCGGAGGCGGAUAAACAGAAACUGUCGCCAGCACCAGGGAAUAAUGAAGAGGAGGAUAUAAAAAAUAAAAUGUACGCGUCCACAUCGAACUGUCAAAGUGACAGCUACCGAUAUGACGACAAGAUGUCGGGUGGUUCGUUGUUCGCGCGGGAAAACGUUUACACGAACGAAGAUGGCGACGACUUUGACAGCGACGCCAGCGCAUCGGAUGAGGAAAUUAAUGUGACAUGACCUGUUUGAAAGAUUUAAGUGAGAUAAUUUUAAAUCUAAGCUAAAUUAAAUUUUCCCAUCUCAACCCAUCUCCAGUCUCCAUCUCCCUCUACUGAACACGGAUCUCCUCUUAGGCUCAGAUCUAUAGAGCGCACUUUG